UGACUGGCACUGACCGACCACUCACACCACAACUUUGGUGAGUGCGAGAAUCAUUUUUGAAUGUAUUCUUCGUGAAGAAGCAUAAAUCAACUUGCGUGAAGAUUGUCCUGUUCAAACAAAGUAAAAAAGAUGGGUUCCAUUGAUGAAGAAGUGUCAUUGCUAGAAGUUGAAGAAUCUCUCAUACAGGAAGAAUUGAAACUGUAUGCUGAAGAUGGUUCAAUAGAUAUUUAUGGAAACCCACCAUUGAAGCAGAAAACAGGAAACUGGAAAGCUUGUCCAUUCAUUUUUGCAAAUGAAUGCUGCGAACGGUUGGCUUAUUAUGGUAUUGCCAAGAAUCUAAUCACUUACUUCACAAAUGAGUUGCAUGAGACCAAUGUUGCUGCGGCUAGACACGUCAUGACAUGGCAAGGGACAUGUUAUAUCACUCCUCUUAUUGGAGCUUUAAUAGCUGAUGCUUAUUGGGGAAGAUAUUGGACUAUUGCUUGUUUCUCUGCCAUUUAUUUCACCGGAAUGGUUGCGUUGACUCUCUCAGCUUCAGUUCCCGGACUUAAGCCAGCUGAAUGUAUCGGUUCUCUUUGCCCACCAGCAACAACGGUUCAGUCCACGGUUUUAUUUUCAGGGCUUUACCUUAUUGCUCUUGGGACAGGAGGAAUUAAACCAUGUGUCUCAUCCUUUGGUGCUGAUCAGUUUGACAAGACUGAUCCAAGCGAACGAGUCAGAAAAGCUUCGUUCUUUAACUGGUUUUACUUCACCAUCAACGUUGGUGCCUUUGUUUCAUCUACUGUUCUAGUUUGGGUCCAAGAGAAUUGUGGAUGGGAAUUAGGAUUCUUGAUACCAACCGUGUUCAUGGGACUUGCUACCAUAAGUUUCUUCGUUGGCACGCCACUUUAUAGAUUUCAGAAACCUAAAGGUAGCCCGAUUACUAGAGUCUGCCAAGUUCUUGUUGCUGCAUACCGUAACUUGAAUCUCAAGUUCUCUGAAGAUCAAUGUGCAGGUUUCUUGACAAAGCCGCAAUUAUAUCAGAAGGAGAAGCCAAAUCCGAUCCAUGGAAGCUCUAUUUACACUCUCUUUGUUCAACAAGGACGGUCCAUGAAACGAACCAUCGGCUCAUUUGAGAUCCCUCCAGCUACUCUCGGGAUGUUUGACACUGCGAGUGUUCUCAUAUCUGUCCCAAUCUAUGACCGCAUCAUUGUUCCCUUUGUGAGACGGUUCACAGGCUUAGCAAAGGGAUUCACAGAGCUACAACGAAUGGGGAUAGGACUUUUUGUCUCUGUCUUGAGCUUGACAUUUGCAGCUACCGUUGAGACGGUUCGGUUACAGUUAGCCCGAGAUCUUGAUCUAGUGGAGAGUGGAGACACUGUUCCGUUAACCAUCUUUUGGCAAAUCCCUCAGUACUUCCUUAUGGGCACUGCUGGAGUUUUCUUCUUUGUUGGACGAAUCGAGUUUUUCUAUGAGCAGUCUCCAGAUUCAAUGAGAAGCUUGUGUAGUGCUUGGGCUCUUCUCACUACCACACUAGGAAACUACUUGAGCUCGAUGAUCAUUACGGUUGUGGCGUAUUUGAGCGGCAAAGAUUGUUGGAUCCCUUCAGACAACAUUAACAAUGGCCAUCUUGACUACUUCUUCUGGCUUUUGGUUUGUCUUGGAUUUGUUAACUUGCCGGUUUUUGUCUUCUUCUCUGUGAAAUACACUCACAAAAAGGUUUGAUCUCUUCUUUUCUGAUUAAGAUAUCUAUUGUCAUGGAGGAUCUUGUGUAUACUUUCAAAAUUUGUAAGGUGAAGCAAAUUGAAAGUUAUAGGGUCUUUGUGGUACAAAUUGAAAAGUUAUGGCCCUCUGUUUUGGCUGUA